GGGGAGGUUUGGGCGGAGGUAUCGAGCGCUCCUUUCCUCAGCACCAGCAGCAGCAGCUAGCUCUGGUACCUCCAACGGGUUUAUUUACGGUUCUGCCCGAUGAUUCUGCGGUGGUGUCAUUAAGUUCUGACACAUGCCGGACAUCGGAACCUGUCCCAGCUGUCUGUAACCGGACUCCCAGCUCGGCAGGAAGCUCGGAUCUGUUUGGUUUGUUGUGUUGUGUUAGCCGGAAAAAAGCUAACGGACGGUUUAACCAUUCGGAGCUCUGCCGAACCGAACUGGACCCAACUUGCUGAAUGGACCGAAGCUGGAGGAAACUGGAGGAACCGAACUACACGAUGAGCUAACUUGUAGGAAGCGGGCCCGAACACCAGAACGAGUCCCCGCUCUCCCAUGAUCACCAUGGAGCCGACCCUCCAACCGAGCCUGCAGCCGAACCUCCAGGAGAACUCCUACAAGAUGACGGAGGAGGACGUGAAGAGGCUGAUCCAAUUCCGGGCCUCCAACGAGGUUCUGUUCACUGGGAAGAGGAAUUCGGCUAAGAUAGCCUGGAGCACCAUCCUGAAGGGUUUGGGUCUGGAGGGGAAGCUGACGGCUGACCAGAUCGCCAAGAAAUGGGACAACCUGCGGACCAAAUAUAAGGACCUGAAACAGCCCUACCAGGGCCAGGAGCACCUUGGGGUCGUGGUGGAGUCUUGGCCCUGGUUCCACAUCAUGGACGAAGCGAUGCAGGGCCGCCUGUUUAACAGCAGCCUGGUUCUGAGUCCGGACAGUUCUGGCAACACAGCCCACCCCACCGACUGCCAGCCCUGCCAGAACCAGGAGAACACGGACAUCCUGGAGUUCCUCAUCAAGACGGAGAUGGACGAGACGGUGACGGGCGAGCCGGUGGAGGAAGACGAGCCGGUCCAUGCCGAGGUCCCGCCCACCGGAGGCGUUCCCAUGGGAUGGCGGAGGAUGACAGAGUGCACGUAUAAAAUGACCGAGGCCGAAACCGAGAGGAUGAUCAAACUCCGAGCUGCAAACGAAGCGCUGUUCACGGGCAGAAAACACUCGGCCAAGCCAGCCUGGAGAGCCAUCCUGUUUGAGCUCGGUCUGCAGGGGCGGCUGACCACAGAGCAGCUGGCCAAGAAGUGGGACAACCUGAAGAGGAGGUAUAAGGAGCUGAAGUUUCCGUCCCGCGGAGUGGAGGCCAACCCAAACUCCUGGCCCUGGUUCUACCGGAUGAACGACGCCAUGGAGGGCCGACUGGCCAACGCCGCGCCCAUCCUCGCUCCCAUCGUGGAGGAUGGAGACGAGGAGUGCGAGACUCUUUUACCGACGCCGAAGAAACGGGCGCGGCGAAGCCGGGGAGGGAUGGCCGAGUUCCUGACGGAGUCUGAGAUGGAUCUGUUGGUCGAUAACGAAGAGAAGAUCGGAUCGUCGGCUCUGGGUGAUCUGCACCGGAUCACAGAGUUCACCUACAAACUAACAGAAGAAGACACGAGGCGACUGAUUGAGCUGCGAGCUGCUAAUGAGGCUCUGUUCACCGGCAGGAGGAACACGGCAAAACCCGCCUGGAGGGGGAUUGUGAAGGAAAUGGGUCUGACUGGGAGGAUAACUCCAGACCAGGUGGCCAAGAAAUGGGACAACCUGAAGACUAAAUUCAAGGACCUGAAGUUUCCUCCUCGCGGUAUGGAGGCCCAGACCAACCCGGCCUCCUGGCCCUGGUUCCAGCUGAUGAGCGACGCUCUGGAGGGCCGGCUGGCCGAUAAAGCCCCCAGAGUGACGCCGGUGUGGACCAGCGAGGAGGACGCCGUGUUCGGGUCGUCUCCGCCCCCCGACUGCCUGAUGGGGGAGCGGAGCGGCAUGUCGGAGCUGGACAGCAUGGCGGGCGGAGACCACGGCGAGGCCGACGCCGCCGUCACCUACAUCGACGCCAGCGGAGAGGAGUGCGCCACGCCGUCAGAGCUCUCCUACAAAAUGAGCGACCAGGACACCAGGAGGAUGAUCAAACUCCGAGCUUCCAACGAGAUGCUCUUCACCGGGAGGAGGAACGCUGCCAAAGCUGCCUGGAGAGCCAUCUUGAAGGAGCUCGGCCUGCAGGGAAAAGUCUCCACCUACCAGAUGGCAAAGAAGUGGGACAAUCUAAAGAGGAGGUACAAGGACCUGAAGUAUCCUCCUGUUGGGAUGGAGAGUGCAGCUGACAGCGCCUCCUCCUGGCCGUGGUUCCACCUGAUGAACGACGCCAUGGAGGGCCGUCUGGCUGGUAGCGCUCCCCUCCUCACGCCUCUGACUCAGGAUGACGACCAUCACCCAGACCCCGCCCCCAGACACAGACUCCGCCUCCCUCCUGUGCAGCAGCCGUCCUCCUCCACAGACUUCCAGGAGCCGUGCGGCGGGUCGCUGGGAGGACUGGAGCGGGAGUGGGAGGCGGUGGAGCGGGAGCGAGCGGUGCUGGACCGGGAGCGGGAGAUGGUGGAGCGGGACCGGGCGGCGGUGCAGGCGGAGCGGCUGUGGUUGGACCGGGAGCGGGCGGCCGUGGAGCAGGACCGCGCCCUGGUGGAGCAGGAGAGGGCGGCGCUGGUCCGGGACAGGGAGGCGCUGAACCAGCGAGCCCUGAUGAUGAACCCUGUGGGACACCUGAACAGCCUGAUGUAGGCGGGAUGAUGUGGGGACGCAGAGCGUCAUCCUGCUGUGGAUCCAGACUGAUGCUGCUGGGGGAAAAAGGCUGGUCCUGGCUCAGGUUCAGAUCCUGGUUCUGCAGGUCCACCGGGUUUAUCAGGGAGUUAUAUUCUCCUUCUUACUGCUCAUCAUCUCUGAGUCAAACUGACUCAAAACACAAAAUCUUACCAAGCACGUUUGGUCUAAUUCCUAGUGCAAAUAUCUCAGUAUACUUCAAAUAAGACAAAGACAACAUAAAUGCAACAUUUCAGCAAGAUAUAAGAGAGUGGUGUCCAAACAUUUUUUGGGCCUGCCAAUAUCUGCGUCCCCUGUCUAUUGUACUCAGGGGCCAUAUUGUUUUUGUGACUUUAAAUGAAAAAUAAUUCUGAUAUGAAUUUUUUUUAAAAGUGCUCAGUACAACAGCAUAUUAAGUCCAAUUCAGAUAGAAAAAAUGAGUACAUUUUUGCCAAAAAAAUAAAAAAA